AUGACACCCUCUGGACCACCGAUUGCUACCAUUUACGUGAACAACCUGGAAGAGCGGGUCAAAAUCGAGACCCUAAAAGAAGCCCUCUCCCAAGUCUUCUCAGAGUACGGAAACGUAAUUGAGAUAGUGGCGAAGGCGAAUCUCCGGGCCAAGGGGCAAGCUUUCAUCGUCUUUGACGACCCCGCCGUGGCGCAGGAGGCUAUUGAAGAACUUCAAGGGUUUCAGCUCUUCGAGAAGCCAAUGCGCUUAGCCCUCGCGAGAACGAGAAGUGAUGCAACUGUCCGAGGUCUUUGCUCCGAUGAAGACUUUGAGCAACAUAAACGAAGACGUGUAGCUGAGAAAGACAAACGACGUGCCCUCGAGGCUGCCGACGAGCAAAAACGACUCAAGAGAGUUGCCCCCUCUCAAGAUCUAACUUCCCGACCUGCUAGAUUGACCCGCGGUGCAGGCCUCAAGUCUAGCAACCCUCCCUCGAACACCUUGGUCCCCGACGAGUAUUUGCCACCAAACAAAACUCUUUUCGUCCAAAACAUACCAGAAGAUUACGAUGUGGACUCUCUAACGUCCAUUUUCGGUCGUUUCGAUGGAUUUAGGGAGGUGCGACUGGUCCCUGGACGCAAGGGUAUCGCAUUUGUAGAGUACGAGGCAGAACAUGGCGCCAUCACCGCGAAGGAGAAUACUGCCGGGAUGGCCCUAGGGGAAUCGGGACAGGCAAUGAAGGUUACCUAUCAACGGCAAUGA